AUGUCGGCAGAAGAAUCUCCAAAUUUGCGUUUAGGACCUGAUCCUAAUGUCACUUAUCCGAUUCAAGUACAAUACUGUGGAAAUUGUUCUCUUCCUAUUGAGUAGAAGAUAAUACUACAGAGACAAGUGGUGGUGAAGAUGAAAAGAAACGACAAAAACGUGGUGGUAAAGGUAUGCUUAAGACAAAGAAAAAGGAAGAUGUUCCAAAAUUAGUGACGGUCUCUAGAGCACCUAGAGGGAAAAAGAAAUCUGUUACAGUUGUCACUGGUCUUAGCACCUUUGACAUAGAUCUAAAAGUAGCUGCAAAAUUUUUUGGUAGUAAAUUUGCAUGUGGAUCUAGUGUAACCGGAGAUGAUGAAAUAGUUAUACAAGGAGAUGUAAAAGAUGAAUUAUUUGAAGUAAUUCCAGAAAAAUGGCCACAAGUAAGAACAAUAAUUAGCUUUUUGAAUAAUAAAAUAAAUAAUAAAACUAUGAUUUUAUUUAUUUUUAGAUUGAUGAAGAUUCUAUAGAUGACCUAGGGGAUCAGAAAAGAUAA